ACUGUGCUUCAAUAUUUGGUUCGUGUUUAUCGUUUGUUUCAGGAGGAGGCGAAGAAGUACCUGGGAUGUCCAACACUGACCGGUGUCGAAGCGGACUCUGCAGAAAAAAUUCAUUUGAACGAGUAUAUAUACGGAGUGAAUUUCUUGACAGGAUUAUCUCGCAGUGUGGCAAUGUGCAGAAUUUUUUGGAGGGUGAAUGAACCAGUGGAAGGAAUUAAUAUGAAACCUGACAUUUUGAGGCCAUGGUAUCGCGUGAAUCGAUCUGCGAUUCGACUGGAACAUGAAGCGCUCUGGUACGGUAGAGAUUGGGGCUGUACGUUUGCAGAACGCAGCUGUUUCGAUUUCAUCAGGGAACGUACCAGGUUUGCUUUUAGUUUACUGCCAGCAACUUUCUUGGAAGCGUAUCCUCUCACAAAUGCAGCGGCCUCCUCCCAACUGGAAAGAAUGGGAUCUCCAUCAAAAUGGAGAUUUUGUCCAAUGGCCAAGGUGGGCAGAUUGUGA